AUGUCGUUGGCAGUGGGUAAAACACGAAGUUCGAUAGAGAAUUCCAAAAAGUGUGCUUCAAAGCUAUGGAAGCUGUUUCCUCACGUUUUUCUCAUACUUUUACUCGUCGGAUAUGCCGCCUUGGGAGCGGUGCUAUUCUGGUGCAUUGAGGGAGGGAGUGGGUACCAAGCAGAAGGGGAAUAUCAUGAGUUUUUGGGUAAACUGUUGCGCAGAAUUCAGAAUUAUCCAGGUAAUUUGUCCAGCAAUUCUUCUCAAGAACAACAUUCGGUGAAAGAACUAGAGAAUGAAAUCAACGGGGGGUUCAAGUCCAUAUGGCUUCAACGUCCAGAGCGAUGGACAUUCUAUGGAUCCCUGUUCUUCUGUUGUACUGUAUUCACAACCGUGGGUUAUGGAGCGAUCUAUCCGGUGACCCUGCCUGGUAAAGUGGUCUGUAUCCUGUAUGCCAUGGUGGGUAUCCCCCUCAUGCUCCUGGUUAUCACAGAUGUGGGAGACCUCCUGGCCAUGCUCCUCUCCAGGGCCUACUGCCACCUGCACAGUCUUUUCUGCAGGUUGCCCCAAUACGGCCGCUGGUCCCCCUCCCAUGACACAGAGAAGCCAGGGCACGGGGGCCAGGGGGGCUUCCAGGACGGGACCUAUACCUUCAGCCAAGAGGUGGUGGUCCGGGAGCCCAUGGACAUCCGACAGGUCCUCCACAGCCAGCAGUCUGUGAAGCGCAAGUCCGUCCAGCUGCGAAACAACACAGAGAUCUUCAACCGCAUCAUUGCACGGGAGAACUUCAACAGGCAGGGCCCACUGGUGCGGAGCCUUUCCUGCCCUGAGCUGGACCGCAUGCCCCCCUUGCCCAAGGGCUUUGCCAUCUGGGACUUCACAGGCAUCGGGGACAAUAUGGACAAGCUGAACGUGCCGCUGCUCCUCAUCCUGGUGGUGGUGUUUGCCUACAUCCUGUUUGGAGGCCUCAUCCUGCCCCUGUGGGAGACAGAGUUCAACACCUUUGACGCCUACUACUUUUGCUUCAUCACCCUCACCACCAUCGGCUUCGGUGACAUCGUGCCCAACCACCCCAAGUACUUCAUGCUCACUUUUGUCUUCAUCAUCAUGGGCAUGGCCAUCAUGUCCAUGGCCUUCAAGCUGGGCCAGUCACGCAUCGUCAGCUGCUACCGCCAGUGCAUGCGCUGCAUCAGCGGGGGGAUGGUAGAGAGGUUUGAGGAGUUGGGGAGCGACUGA